UUGUCAUCCCCGCCAUUUUGAUGACGGGCGGCUUCGGCCCUUUCAACUCAGGCUUGGAUGGGGUUAGGGGGGCUCCUGGUUCCCGCUCUGGGCUUGGCCGCCGCUUGGCUGCUGGGCCUCGGGUUCGAGCCCAGCUCCUGGCUGCUCCCUUUCUUCUCCGGGCGGGGCCGGCUGCUGAGCCCCGCCCAGCUCGCGCGGUACACGGGAGCGCAGGGCAGCCCCGGCCUCUACCUGGCGGUGCUGGGGCAGGUGUUCGACGUGCGCCGGGGGCACAAGCACUACGGGCCGGGGGCGGCCUACGGUGUCUUCGCAGGGAAAGAUGCCUCCAGGGCUUUUGCGACAGGAGAUUUCACCAACACCGGCCUUGUGGAUGAUGUUUCUGGGUUAUCGCCAUCAGAAAUGUUGACUCUACAAAACUGGCUCUCUUUCUACAGCGAGAAUUACAUUUUCGUUGGCAAACUGGUAGGAAGAUUCUAUGAUGAAAAUGGGGCACCCACAAAAGCUCUGGAACAGGCCAACGCUGUCAUCGAAGAAGUGCUGAAGUUCAAGGGACAAAAUGAUGAGAAGAAGCAGUUCCCGCCCUGUAACUCUGAAUGGAGCUCAACCAGUGGCAGCAGAUUCUGGUGUUCCAAACAAAGUGGGGGAGUGAAGAGAGACUGGAUUGGAGUCCCCAGGAAGCUGUACAUGCCCGGUUCCCCUGAUAGUCACUGUGUGUGUGUGAGAACUACUGGACCUCCUUCUGGAGAAUUGGAUUCUACUGAGCACAGUGACAGAGGCGACUUGGACAAUCCUAACUUGCAAGAAUACAAGGGAUGCCAUCCACUAGCUGACUGGUGUAUGUUAAAAGAUUGAGUCACUAGCCAUGUUGGACUUAAUGCAUUUAUUGUCUUAAAAUGAAAUAGUUGAUCAGGUACAGUCAAAAAAUGCAUGGGAGCUUUACAGUGGAUUCUCUGGUAUACAAGACUGGGGAGACUCAGUCAGAAACAGGAAUCAGUUUGUAUAAAAUUACUCAGUAACUGUAAACACCAUGCUAAAGUGCCAGUAAAAGUAAUGGAAAUGUGAGACAGGGAGGGAGCAUGGUAAGGAAAAUUGUUAAAAUGGAAAAGCUUUGCCAAUACCUGUUUCUGUAGCUUGUUGGUACUCUACAGAAAAAUCCUUUUUUUGUGCUAAUUGAGAAAUAGCUGUAUGUAUGGAACGGUGAGUAAUGUCUCAGUGAAGUGAGCUCUGAGCUAGCACACCACUACACUGUAGAUGCAGUUUCACUUACUGAAGCAUAAGACAGCCCACCUCUCUUCACUACCAUCACAACAUUGCUCUUCUUGUGGCAGAGUUGUGCUAAUACUCACUAAUUUGCACAUGCCACCAACUUACUGAGAAAUGACUUGUAACUGAAGCCUCUACAGUGCUUUCUGUAGUUGUGCUAUUGAACAUCUACACUUAUCAGAUGAACCCAGGACACUAGGUGAUGCAAUAUCCAUGUUUCUACCAUUCUUUGGUUAUAAAACACCAAGGUAUACCUCGUCCUUCUUUUCUACCCUCUCUCUCCAAAUACUUCCUAUGAGUUGUUGUUUCCAUAGUACGUAGAAGCCAUGAGUCACCUGUUCUAACUGAACAAUGAAAGUGAUCCACAGAGAGGUAACUGAUUUUACUGCUACAAUCCACUGGUCAUCCUCCUCCCUUACUUAUUUACUACCACUACUUGUUGCAUUGUCUCACUAGAUUGUAAAGUCUUCAGGGCAGGAAUCUGUUACUCUAAUUUGCAAAAUCCAAUAGCAUUGUGUGUUGCCUAAAUACUAAUGUAAGUUAGUGUUAUUCUCUACAGGCUAUGGGUACAUUAAACUAUUUUACAAAAGAGGAAAACUUCCAGAAGGUCUGCCUUGCCCAGUUCUCUUCCCCCUCCCCCCCAAAAUGCUUAACUAGUGCAAGUCACUAUGUGACAGUGAGCACAAGAGAGCAAAGUAGUAUUCAAGAACACUCAAGUGCUAUGCUAUGUACCCCCAACACUUAGAGCUAACACAGCAAGUUCACUGUAAACUGGCUUUAAAUAGUGUACAGCAACACACCUGGUCAUGGUUUAUACAUUUAUUAAAGUUUGUUUUUCUA